AUGAGCUGCAGAGGCAGCUUCGAGACGUCUCAAAACUCAGGGGCAGCUGGCGCCAGCUGGCAGCUCGGGGUGCUGAGCAUCCCUUCAUCUGAUUACUCCACCCUUCUCUACCCCUUCUCUCAAGCUCGCUCCUCAGUAGCAUAUGUGCCCGACCCCUUCCACCGAUCACACCCGUUCCCCCUCUCAGCCCCCUCCGCUUCCCCCCCGGUUCCCCCACUCGCGGCUCCUCUCGCGCCCUUCCUUGCGCACCGCAACGUUUCCGCCAAACCCGAACCACACACGCCCACAUCCUCACUUUCCUCUCCCCUCCCCCUCCGUGCGGCCGCCCGUCAUUGCUGCCCCCGUCGGUGCCCCUUCUCCCACUGGAGUGCAAACCUACUUCCGCGGACUCUCGAGGAGGCGGCGGCAGAGGUGAGAGCGCAGCGCGGUGGCGGCGGUUAG